AUGCGCCGCGCUCACCCGUUUUCUGCGGUUAGUCUGGAGAAGGUGCGUGUUUUUAAAGUUGUUCGUGCACAACAUUCAUAAAUCAUUGUAGGUCGUUCUGAUAAUGCUGUCAAUGAUUUAACAUCGUAAAAUAGAUAAAUAUAACGUUGUUGAGAAAGAGUAUACUCGAUAUCCAACACGCAUUUACAGAUACUAUAUAACUUUCCACAGUGGAAAUAACUGACUUGAUCCUGACUGUAUUCUGGCCCACAGAACAGCAGAUUAUUAUAAAGAUGGCGUUUAUUAAAGAGGAGAGUGAAGACAUCAAGAUUGAAGAAACAUUCACAGUCAAACAUGAAGAGACUGAAGAAGCUUUCAGAGUCAAACAUGAAGAUCCUGAGGAACAAACAGAUCUGAUGCCACUGAAGGAAGAGAGUGAAGUGAUUAAUGAAGUGGAAGAGAAACCUCACAAUGAUCAUGAUUACAUUGCUGAAGACGGUUCAAACACUGAAAAGGCUUUCUCAGAACUAAAUCCUGGAAGCACAUGUUAUCUCAUUUAUCAACGACACGGAAGCACUUACAGUCAAAAAGUAAACCUACCAGGACACAUUCAGAUUCACCAAGGACAAAAAACAUACACAUGCCAAGAGUGUGGAAAGAGCUUUAAUAAAAGAAGAUAUCUUCGAGAUCACAUGAGAGUUCACACUGGAGAGAAACCCUACAAGUGCCCUGAGUGUGGAAAGAGCUUUGGACAAGUGGGACACUGUAAUGUCCACAUGAGAAUCCACACGGGAGAGAAACCCUACACCUGCCAAGAGUGUGGAAAGAGUUUUAAAGAAGCAGGAGACCUCAAGGUUCACACGAGAAUCCACACCGGAGAAAAACCCUACUCUUGUCUUCAGUGUGGGAAGGGUUUUAAUCAUACGGGACACCUUAAAGAUCAUGUGAGAAUUCACACUGGAGAGAAACCCUACACCUGCCCUCAGUGUGGAAAGAGUUUUGUUCAUGUAGGACAAUACAAAGUCCACAUGAGAAUCCACUCUGGAGAGAAACCCUACACAUGCCCGCUGUGCAAAAAGAGUUUCAUCUAUAAACUAAGCCUUUCCAGACAUGUUAAAAUCCACAAACAACAGAAACCGUACUCCUGCGAGCAGUGCGGAGAUAGCUUCAGUCAGCACGAACACCUGGAGUUCCACAUGAAGGUUCACUCUGGAGAGAAAGCCUUCACAUGCCCUGAGUGUGGAGAGGGUUAUGAUCAAAUGCCACACUUUGGAGCCCAUGUGAGAACUCACAGUGGAAAGAAACCCUACAAGUGCCUUCUGUGUGGAAAGAAGUUCAGUCAUGGUGCACACCUUGAAGUUCACAUCACAGUUCACACUGGAGAAAAGCCCUACUCUUGCUCUAAGUGCGGGAAGAGUUUCACACAGAAAGUAAGCCUCACCAGACACAAUAAAUCCCACAAGGAAGAAACGCCUUAAAGCUGCCAUCGUAUUGGGGUUUCUAACAAAAGGAGACCUCGAAUUCACUUUAAAUGAAAAUUUUAAAAAUUACAAUCAAAAUUAAAUAAAAAAAUUAAAUUA